GCCGCCGUUUGUUCCGAUGACCACCAAUAACGAGCUUGCUGUAAUUGUAGUACCAUUCAUCUUCCCUAAAAAUGCCUUUUGCCAGCUUUGCAUAAACUUUGGGAUCGUGGCAGUGCCGAUACUCACCUCAUGAACAACAUCCCGUUGACAGUCAUACAGCACGCUCCGCAUAUCGUCGAAUAUCGCAUUCAGCACCCCGGGAAGUGCGGCUAUGUCUCGUUGACGCUUGUCGUCACUCUGGCCGUUAGCGUAGCUCGUUCUCAAACCGGCUCGGCAGCACAUAAAUGGCUGCUUCUGGUACUUAUACCUAUUCUAUUAUACUGGAACUUAAGUCGCGUUGUCUAUGAAUCCGUGAUUUCUUUAUACCCCCAUGGACUUCAACUGGAGACACAUCGAGGCAUCAGAGGAACUCCACUUACACCGCCAUUCACGUUAUUCAUCAGUCGCAAAUUCAUUGCAUUGCCCGCUAUAGCGGACAUAAUCAUCAAUGAAGGACUUCGAAGAUGGAACGUUCGAUACUACCUUGUCAUCGUUUGUCGCAAUAAGGCAAAUCCGAUAGAGCCGAUCGUUGUUCAUGUCGUUUACUCAAACAUUCUUCCUCAAUUCCGUGUCUUGAAACAAGUAUAUCUCGGUCUUCAUACUGAUCUUUUCACUCGCGAAAAUAAGAGAGAAUAAUACACAUGCACUUAUUCUAUGGGCCGAUCACAGUGGAUGUGUGCAGCAUUGGGAAGGUCUGCUCCUCCCAGAGGUCUCAUGUGAACAUUGUGAGGC